GAAUCAUUAUCUCUGCCGUCCAAAGCUUGGAUAACAGAAAAGGUGGGGAGGGAAAGCAGAAAGACAAACCGAGAGAGAGAGAGAGAGGCAAGAUUGACCAUUUCUGAGCCAAGAAUACCAACUCCUCCGAUCCAAUUUUUUUGUUUGAUCCGAUUGUGGAAGAUCGAAACAGCACAGAUUUGAAGAUGGGUAUUGACUGCAAGAAGGUCGGGUGUCAAACUAAGAGAUCCUUGAUCGUUUUCAGCAAAGCUUGCUGCGGAUCUGUGCGUGAACAUCCCUUCCUUUCUGGUAUCUUGGUUUUCAUUGUGUUGUUAUAUGCAUUUUUUCCUGCCGCCUUCUUCUUUCUGCUUUCCAGUUCCCCUGUCAUCAUCUGCACUGCCAUUCUUCUGGGGACGCUUUUGAGUUUUGGGAAUCCCCAUAUUCCUGAAAUUUGUGAGGAGAAAGAAGAGAAAACUCGGGAGAUCUCUUCUCUUAAAGCGGAUGGUGGUGUUGAUCUUGUUGUUACCGAGAAGGAUGGGAAUUCCGAGAUGGAGGUUCCCUUGCUUGAGAAGGAAAGGAAUACAAUGGAGACGAUCGAAGAAGAGGCAAUCAAGAAUAGGAAUUUGGGUGAUGAAGGAGGAGAGAUCAAAGGUGGUGACUCCUUGCGUUUGGAGAUACAGAAGAAGGAUGAGAGAGUUGUGUCUGGAGUAGCUACAGAUGAGGAGGAUUUGGUUUUCACUCCCACACAAGGUCGACCAAGGGAAGGGCUAGGACUGGGUACUGGUCGUUUGGAGAAAGCAAUUCAUGAGAGUAGAUUGGCUGGGAACUUAAAGGCUGGUGAAUCCCAAGAUGAUUCAUCCAGGGGGAAAUUUUAUUGUCGUUCGAACAGCAGACGAACUGUUCGGUUCGUGAUGAACGACAUAGGAAAGGACAAAGAGGAGAACAAGGUUGAAGAAGAUCAUGUUGAGGAGACUAAGCAUAAGGCCGACGAUUUCGAAGUUCGGGAUAAAGUUUCUGAGGCCUAUGUUGAGGAUUCUUUUACUUCCUCUUUGGGAUCCCCUUGGAUGAGGAUAGAUCGUCAUGAUCAGUCAUCCUCUGGGCUUGAUCAAGACGACCAACUAUCUCACUCUAGCUCGGAGCAUGCAGAGAGUUCUUCUCCUGAUGCUUCCAUGGCUGACAUACUGCCCAUGCUUGACGAACUUCACCCCCUGCUGGAUUCCGAGACCCCCCAACCUGCUUCCCUUGAAGUGUCCGAAGGAAAUUCUGAGCAAUCUUCUGAAAAUCAUGAUUCUGAUGAUGAGGAUGACAAUGAUGAAGAGGACGAUGACGAGGACGACGAUGAUGUUAGUACUGAAUUGGAGAAGGAAGGCGGCGAGAGUCGUGAAGGAGAAAACAAAGGGCACGAAGUGAUAAGCGGGGUCAAGUGGACUGAUGAUGACACGAAGAAUGUCAUGGAUCUUGGCAGCUCUGAGUUGGAGAGGAACCGACGUCUGGAGAAUCUGAUGGCCAAACGUCGAGCUAGGAGGAACCAAAAAAUUGAGCUGGAGAAGGACCUUAUAGACCUGCAAUCAGAUGAGAAAAUAUCGUUGUUGGAUAUGGAUGAUUCUUCAUUCAACAUACUGGAUUCUGUUUCCCUUCAAGCCUCACCUUUUCUGAUUCGGUCUGCGACACUUCCUUCUAUCAGAAGGAAUCCUUUUGAUCUACCCUGUGAUGGAGAGGAAGAACUAGCAGAGGUGUCAGUUCCAGCUUCGGCUAGGGCGCCUUCAACCUUCUCGGCAAAACGGAACCCAUUUGAUCUUCCAUAUGACCAUGCUGGCGUGGAUGGGAUGCUUACGGGAGAAACUUCCAGCCAUGGAGAUUUCAUGGCUGUUCAACAGAAGGGACUGUAUACAAAUGAAGCUCAUCUAUUGGGUGGGCCACAAUUUGGAGGUUUUGAGUGUUUUCCUCCUGUUAAUCCACCCCUUAACACGAGCCUUGCAGAACCCCAUAAGCAGCACAGCGAGUCUUCUUUUCAUGGCCACCAUGCUGCUGAUGCAGUUGGGAAAGAUAUCCCACAAGUGAGUACCUCUAAUGGAGAUCCCUUGGGAGAAGGUAUCUUUCCCAGUAUUCAGAAUGGAAGUACAGACUCUAGCAUGAGCUUCUUUUUUCAGACACCGAAAGACCAUGAACUGCAUGGUGAAGCCCAUGGAGCACAAAUUGUUGAUGCAGCGACUUAUGCUUCUGUUGAACCAGGUGAUAGUGAUUCAUCAUCACCAGAGCGAGAGAGUGAUUCAGAAGAAGAAGAGAAGCACAUGGAAAUCCAAGAAGGACAGAGCAAUCCUGAGGAAGAUCUUGUGCAUGACGUUGAAUCAGUUGCUUCUGAUAUCACAGAGGAGCAUAUUCAGGAACCUGAAUCUUUUGACCACCACGUAGGAUCUACUUCUCCUUUUCCAGGUUUAGAGGAGGAAUCAGAAAUGCCCUCCGAAGAGAUGCAGAUGAAAAGCAGAAAAGUUCACAUGGAGGUUGCAAGAUUGGGUUCGCCUGAGCAUGUCAUACUUCCUCUUGACGAGUCUCCAAGUAAGCAGUAUGCAGCAUCAGACGUCGUUGAAGAAGAUUUUAAUGAUUCAAAUUCCUCUACUUCAUCAGAUGAAGACGAAAUACAGUUUGGUGGAAAUGUUCAUGAAGAAAGCGACAAGUCAUUCUGGACUGGUGCUUCGACGAGCACUACUGAAAUUGCACAACCAUGUUCCAGAGACCCGCACAUUCUGAUAAAGGAAGCAGAUGACAGCCGGGUGGGAGAGCCAGUUUUCGACUCGAGCCCAUCAGCACAAGAAAAAUUUCACUCAGGCUUGGCGUCAUUAGUUGAAGGUGAUCCCUUUACGGAGAAAGGAAUCUUCCCAUGCUCAUCCGGAGCCUCUGAUGCUCCAGUGGAGUCUUCAGAGCAAGGUUCUCAUGAUAUCGAAGUGGAAAAGAACAUUGUACAUGAGUUUAAAGAAGAGACUGCUGAUGGAGAAAACAAAUCAGUCAAUAAACCCAGUGUGGCUUUUUCAGACAGUGACGAUCUUUUGGCAGAUGUUUCUGUUCCAGUAGGAGAUGGCCAAAGCCACACCAAUCUGAGCAACCAGUCUCAUCUACCGGAGGUAAAAGAAGCUGUGAUUGAGACCAUCCAACCCAGCAACAAUCAAGAAAAAGCUGAGGACAUCCAUGUUGCUGAAUUAUCCCCAAGAGCAUUGAGUAAGGAUGGUGAAGCCUUUGCUGAUGUCCAUGCUCAUCCCUCUAAUGCUGAGGAGGUAGCGGCUACUGCUGCCGUUUCAGUGGUUGAUCUACCUGUAACAAUAUCAGAGAGCAUGCCUCCGAAAGAAGACGUAUCAGCUGUAGAUCUGUCCUCCGUUGACGAUUAUCAUGUGUCUGAGGUGGAGGAUUCAUCUGAAAAUGCACAUGAGGAUUGUCUGCAGAGCGCCAAUGCUCUUCCUGUGGAUCACCCCCCUGCUGAUCUUACAUUGUUAACUGGUUCACAGAUCUUGGAAACUAAAGAAUUGCAUGAGUCCUCAGGUUUAUCAGAUAUGGAGCAUAGCACCUCUGAGACGAUACAAGGUGGAUCCCAUAAUGAAUCGCCUAAGAACAUCCAUGUAUCCUUGUCAGAAGGUGCUCGACAGGACAUUGCUGAUGAAAACUACGCGGCCACAUCAAGAGUUCUGGACCCCGUACUCCCUGUUUCAGAGUCAUCAGCUAUGGAUGACGAUACGAAUCGGCCAAAUACUGUGCAAAUUUCCAAGGAUCAUCCGGGGGCCGACCAUGACGUUUGGGUGAUGGGGGAGGAAGAGGUCGCAUGCAUCAAAGACCUCGACGAAGACCUUUUGACUGAAUUGGACAGAAUUGGCGAUUUCAGAGUUGCAGAAGAGUCGGCUUCCAUGAACAGGCCACAAAAGCAGCUCGAAAUACACUCCGAUGGAGAAUCAAAAGAAGAAGUAGCAACGGGUGACUUGAUACAGAUGCCGAUUCUUGAACCAAAACUUGUAGAGGACAUUGGUCUUGCUUUGAAGCAGUUCUCGGAAGGAGAAUCUAGCAAACCAAAUGAGGAUAAAUCGGAACCAAGCUAUGGACAGUCAGAGCUGGAGUUUAUUGAAGCCAGAGCCCUGGAUGACAUGGAGGAGUUGAUGAUGCAACUUUCAAAAGAAUUCUCUGAAAAGCAUGGUGACGGCUCCAAAAUGAUGCAGCUUCAUGAUUUCUCUGAUGAGCAUGCAGAGCUGGAAGUACCCGAAGCAAGACCUCGUGAAGAUAUUGAAUUGGUAUCUAAGCAAAUUAACAAAGACGAUGCUGGGGAAGCCACCGAUACUACAUUCACUGAAGAGCAGGAGGAACAAGUAGAAACUAAUGCUGAUAAAUCUGAGCCCAAAUCAGCUGAGAGUGUUCCGAGUUCUGCUGUUCAUGAGGUGCAUUCUUUCGAUGAGAGAGAAUCUGAUGGAGGUAAUAAAGAAGACAUCCACCAUGGAGACAGGAAAGAAGACAUCCCCCAUAGUUUGGUUGCUCACCACGAAGACAGGAAAGAAGAGGUCGAUCAUAGAUUGGAUGCAAGCACAGAACAUGUAGAGACCAAAGAAAGCAAGGAUUAAUCGAUUCAAGUUCAGUAGGUUAAAGAACAAAGGCAGGAAACUAAUACAUAAAAAGUGAUCUAGUUUUGGUUCCAACUCGAGCUCCGGGUCGAGCGUUUCAGGUUGAGUGGGAGUAACAAGUUGUUGGUUGCGUAAUCGGCUUUGACCGUUUUCUUUGCGUUUUGAAGAUUUCGUGGGUGCUGAGAUCUGCACAAACUUAGGAUUUUUGGUAGCCGUGGUUGCAUUUUUGGGCUUUAUUUAUUCUUUUCAGUAGCUUGAGUUUUUGUUUACUUGUCAGGGUGACAAUUUUUUUCAUUCCUUGCAAGAACGAAGUGGUUGGUUCCUUUCAUUAUAUUAUCAGUCUUGCCAAAGUGGGAUUCUGUCUCUCACGAUGUGUAAUUUAGUUUCUUGCAUAUAGUGAUGUUCUGAAUCGAUCUUUUGCUGUAAUUGCAUUUGUAAAGUUUCUCUCUUU